AUGUCGCUGAAGUCUAGAUCAUUACACUACCAACAGUUCACCGUGUCCUUCCCUGACGAACGCAUUGUUCUCGUCACUUUGAACAGACCAGACAAGCUCAACUGCAUUGAUCAGGCAACAAGCAAAGAAAUUGCCAAGAUAUGGGAGCUGUUCGACCAAGAUGACAGCUUGGUAGUUGGCAUCAUCACAGGCAAUGGUAGAGCUUUCUGUACAGGUGCCGACCUAGGAGAGUGGAAUGAGAUGAACAGACGCGGCAUCGUCAACGACAUGUCAGCGCCAGGCCUUGCUGGCUUGCCACGCAGAGCAGGGAAGAAGCCCAUCAUCGCCGCCGUCAACGGUAUCACAAUGGGAGGAGGCUUCGAGAUGGUCGCAAACUGCGACCUUGUAGUCGCUGUCUCCUCGGCCGUCUUCUCACUGCCCGAGGUGAAGAGGGGUAUCGUUCCUGUCGCAGGCUGUUUACCUCGCUUGACCCGGACCCUUGGCCUGCAGCGAACGACGGAUCUUGUACUUACGGGCAGAAAUGUAACAGCCAAGACGCUGUUUGAUUGGGGUCUUAUAACUGAGUUGGUUGACUCUGCUGAAGAAGUUGUGCAGGCUGCCGUCAGGACCGCACAACUCAUGUGCAAGAACAGUCCUGAUGCUUUGAUCGUUGGUCGUUUGGGCAUCAGAUUGAGCUGGGAAUCUGGCAGCGUGGAGGGAACCGUGACUACUCUGGCCAAUGAGUGGUAUCCUCGUCUUGUCCAAGGCGAGAACUUCAAAGAGGGUAUCAAGGCAUUUACGGAGAAGCGCUCACCAGUUUGGGUAUCUUCAAAGCUUUAA